AUGAGCUACAGCGGGAGCGGCGGAGGGAAGCGCCUCCGCACGUCGCCGAGCGAGGCGGAGGGCAGCCCCAGGCGCCGCCGCGGGUCGCCGUCGGUCUACUCCCCGUCGCCGUCGCCCUACCGGUCGCCCUCGCCGCUGCCGUCCCCGUCGACGUACCGGUCGCUCUCGCACUCGCCGUCGCCCUGCCGCUCGUGGUCGCAGAGGCCGCCCAGCGACGACGACGAUGCCGACGAUCUGAGCCGCAGCCGCGGGUCGGACGACCUCGACCGGCACGGGCGGAGGCCUGCCUGGCGGCCGCACGCGAACAAGGAGCUGGGCGAGAAUGGGCGCACCGGCGAGUUCAGCGUCCGGAUCGACGACUACGACCGCCUCUUCACCUGCAAGGCCUGCCGCCGCAUGCUCUCGCCGCCGGUCUACCAGUGCCCCUUCGCCCACGUCACCUGCUCGAGGUGCCACGAGGAAGUCGGCGACAACCGGUGCAGCUGCUGCGGCAGCGGCAAUGGCUAUGGGCGCAACCGCGUCGUCGAGGAGUUCCUAGGCCGCAUCCGCUUCUCCUGCCGCAACAAAGUGCAUGCCUGUGAGGCCUUCCUUCCGCACCACGAGAUGCGCGAGCAUGAGCAGACCUGCCGCCACGAGCCUAUCUUCUGCCCUGUCCCCCAAUGCGGCUUCGCCAGCCGGGCUGUCGCACUCACGACCCACCUCACCCUCCGCCACCACUGGGACACGAUCAGGUUCCACUAUGACGAGAACUUCCGGGCCUCUGCCCUCACGUCGACCAUCUUUCAGAGCCGCGACGACGGCGAGCUCUUCUUCCUCGACUGCUUCAGCGAGGGCCGUGGCAUCGCUCUGUCCAUGAUCUGCAUCCGCCCUGAGAACGCCCGUGAGCAGGAGUUUGUGUAUGAGCUGAAGACGCCGGUAGGCAACGGCGACAGACGGCCCUGGCUGCAGAUGCAGUCUACAGCACGGAACACGUCGCUGCGUCACGGGCUGGGGGAGAAGGAGAAGGUCUUUCUGCUGGUUCCCAAGGACCUGCCGGGCACCGAGGAUGGCAACGUGGAGGUGUGCAUCCGUAAGCUUGGCCACCAGCGCGACUCUGUAUAG